AAAGAACUCUUAAAAACCGUUUGCUGUGAAGUGAUUCCUCCUCUUCUCUCUCUCUAAUAAAUAUCCAAUUUCUCUCUCUCUAUGCACACAUAUACUUGUGUAUAUUUCCUGAAAUUGGUCUUCUUACUAUUCCUCAAGUUUCUUCAAUUUCCAUCAGAUCACUGCAGUGAAUUUCUGAGGCAAGCAUACCUUUACAUGACAGUUAGUUCUUGACAUCUUCUGCUGGUACAAGGAGGAAUUGUCAUUGAGACCUAUGCUUUCUUUGAACAUUGCUGUUAAACUGUUGAUAUGCUUUCCCAGAUAUCAAUAGCAGACGACGUGAUUUUGGACGGAGUUCAUAUGUUAUGGAUCCCAAUUGCACAACUGAAAACUUAUCCGUCUCUUUGCAAUCACCUCAACCCUUUGAGAUAAGAUCUACUGAUGUGUCUCAGAGAGUGGUCACACUUGGUGCUUCAGGAACUGAUGUUCUUGUGAAUGCUUUUGACUCAAUUAUCAUAACUGGGUUGUCACAAGAGGACGAUAAAGGCAAAGAUACUGUAAAAACUGAUAACGCUUCUGAAAGUGAAUGUCCUGACAAUGCACGCAUUGCCCUGCGGAGAAGGAGUGGGCGCAACAGCAAGUUAAGCCAGAAUCUGGCUAUAGUACCUGCAAGAAAUGGCAGGAGAAUAGCCAUUAAAAAAGCAUCCAUAGAUCUUAGUUCUUUGCAGAUUACAAGAAAGAGAAGAAGCUAUUUCAGUAAACAAGCUCGUUCUUCGGUCUGGGGUUUGCUAGAAAAUACGGUGCAAUCUUUUGAACGCAAUGUCAGGCUUGAGAUAGCUUCGGGAAAGCAGAAAAAUUUAAGAAUAGCAUCAACGGGGGGUGGUAGGGGAAAUGAGAAACACGGUAAGAAUAAGAUUGGUCGAAAGUCACGGAAAUCAAAGGGUAAUAGCUCCAUUCCGACCGGCCCAAUCUCCCUGAAGGUUAAAUUUGGUUCACGCUGCCUGAUGGAUGUUGUUCCUCUUAUUGAUAAUGAUACUAUCAAAAGCUGUACUGGUGGAGAAGAAUUGGAAAAAAUGUCAAAAAUUGCCAGCAAAGUUGAUGGUAGGUUAGGAGAGGAGGCGCUAAGUAUGCAGGUCCGUGGUUGCAAUGGAAAUUUGGAUAAUGACUAUGUUUCCUUAUCACAAGUGUGCCAACCAGGAAAAAAUGCAGUUCAAGAUCCAGCUGCUAAGACUUUAGUUUGUCAUGUUGAGUCACCUCUCCAGGAGGGAAGAUCGAUCGGUGACAGGUUUUCGGAUCCUGGAACUUCACCUGAUUCAGAAGUCAUCAACCUAAUUCCUGAUACUCCAAUCGAUGUUCCAGAAGACUUUCAUGAUUUGACUUUGUCUGAGUCAUGUGCUGUUCCUGUGGAUGCUCCAAUUCUGAGGAUGCAUGAAGAGAGCAGUAAAAAAGGAAGGAAAAAAGAUAGUCUCCCAAAGGUUUCCAAUUGUAGUGUGAAAGAUUUGCUUACUCCAGAAAGUAUGAGCAAUUCACAAGUAUAUGGGAAUCUCAUGCAGGGAGACAAACAGAGGGAUGGUUCGUCUUGUUCUGAUACUUCUGUUUUAACUACAACUGGAAAUGGAACGGGCAACAUGUUCAGCACUGUGAUAUAUUCAGGAGAACUGCUGCAUUGUUCAGGAGUAUCAAACUUGGGAACCUCAUGUACUUCCUCAAAUCUUGAAAGCGAUUUGGAGGGAAAUCUUUGUUCUAGUCUUGGCACCGAGUCUCCAGAGUCAGGGUUAUCGGAGAAACUGGUAUCCUCUCUUGAUGAGCGAAAAAUUUCUGAAGGGGAGAGACCAAAGGUAUCAGGAAAUAGCAGGCCAGAAGUCCCAAAUUUGUCAAAAAGAAGAGUUAGUAAAAAGAAGGGGAACAAGGAAAAGGAAGACAAUGUUUUUCUUGAGAAGGAAGAAAAGGAAGACAUUAUACAUGAAGCGGAACACAAAAGUGACCUUGUUAAGUCUUUAGGUGAAGUGAGACAGCACUCAGGGACAGAAAAUGGAAUACCAUCUGGGCUUGGACAAGUUGGUUCUGAAAAGAAUAUUUUAGAUGGAGGCAUUUCAAACUGGGAUAUUCUGCGGAGCGGGGUAGAUGAGCGUCUCUUGCCAGCAAGAAAUGCUUGGGUGCAGUGUGAUGAUUGCCUCAAAUGGAGGCGUAUACCUUCCUUCCGUGCUGAUCAAAUUGAAGAAACAAAUUGCAGAUGGACUUGUAAGGAUAAUCUGGAUAGAGCUUUUGUUGAUUGCUCGUUUCCCCAAGAGAUGUCAAAUUCAGAAAUUAAUGCUGAGCUGGAAAUAUCAGACGGUGAGGAAGAUGUUUCUCGUACAGGCUGGAGUUCAAAUGAAUCAGGGCAGAAGAAUCCACUUGUGGCCCAUCAAUCAUCUUGGACUCGGAUCAAAUCAAACUUGUUUCUGCAUCGCAACCGCAAAAAUCAACCUAUUGAUGAGAUCAUGGUCUGUCAUUGUGAGCUGCCUUCAGAUGGUCGAUUGGGCUGUGGAGAUGGAUGCCUGAACCGGAUGCUCAAUAUAGAGUGCGCUAGAGGGACUUGUCCUUGUGGAGAAUUCUGUUCAAAUCAACAGUUCCAGAAACGCAAUUAUGCUAAAUUGAAGUGCUUUAAAUAUGGAAAGAAGGGUUAUGGCCUGCAGCUGCUCGAAAAUGUAUCUGAAGGGCAGUUCCUUAUUGAAUAUGUCGGGGAGGUGCUGGAUAUGCAUGCUUACGAGGCACGGCAAAAGGAGUAUGCUUCGAAGUGUCAUAAGCAUUUUUAUUUUAUGACACUCAACGGCAGUGAGGUCAUUGAUGCAUGUGCUAAGGGGAAUUUGGGCCGUUUCAUCAAUCAUAGUUGUGACCCUAAUUGUCGUACAGAAAAGUGGAUGGUGAAUGGAGAGGUCUGCAUAGGACUCUUUGCUUUAAGGGACAUAAAGAAGGGCGAAGAGGUGACAUUUGACUACAAUUAUGUCAGAGUCUUUGGGGCUGCAGUAAAAAAGUGUGUAUGUGGCUCACCUCAUUGUCGGGGCUAUAUAGGUGGUGACCCGCUGAAUGCAGAAGUGAUUGUUCAGGAUGAUUCAGAUGAUGAGUAUCCAGAAACUGUCGUGCUGCGCGAGGAUGCUAACAUGGAUCAUAAAGAAGACAACAAUAUAUGUGCUACAAGUACUAUUAAUGGUGCUAAAAUUAAGGUCCAAGGGAAACCACCUAAAAAGAAAAACACACUGGGUGAAUUUAUUGCUGGAAAUCAGGAGACUUCCUGUCAAAUAAAUAUCAACAGUUUCGCGGGUCAAGAAAAAGUUAAUUUGGGUAACUCUAUUGCUAUUGUUAGCUUGAAUGUUAGAGAGGAAAACGAAAACUUCCCUGAUGUAUCUCCGGCAUCAGCUUUAAAGGCAGAAACAUGUGCAGCACUGAAAGCCUCAGAAUGUCUCUCUCAUUCUUCUGCUCAACCUGUUGAGACUUCCUUGUCAUUGAAAGAUACAUGUGAAACCGUGUCUGGAGUGAGAAAAGGCUGCUCUGUAGCUAGCAAAGCUGCAAAAUACUCUUUCUCUUCCGCACAGGAACUGGUGAUAACUUCUCCUGAUGCGGUGGUUAGCAAGUCUUUGAGGAAGUCAAAAUCCAGCAAUGGGCAAGAGACACAUGAUUCCUUGAAAUCAUGUCUGUUUGUGAAAACUUCGCAUGAAUCAUCUUUAGCGAAGAAGGGGAAACAGAGGAAUAACGCUGUGAAUUCCAGACCACUGCCUGAUGUGGAUAGCAAGUUGCAAGUUUCACAACCUAAAUACAAGAAACCUCCACCAGAUGGCUCCUUACAAGGCCAUUUUGAAGCAGUUGAAGAGAAACUUAAUGCUUUGUUGGAUCAUGAUGGUGGAAUCAGCAAACGCAAGGAUGCGUCCAGGUGCUACUUGAAGCUCCUCCUCUUAACUGCUGCUUCAGGGGAUGGCUGUAAUGGGGAAGCCAUCCAGAGCAACCGGGACCUUUCUAUGAUCCUUGAUGCAAUCUUGAAAACAAAGUCACGCACAGUUUUGAUGGAUAUUAUAAACAAAAAUGGUUUACAGAUGUUGCACAACAUAAUGAAGCGAUACAGGAGGGAGUUCAAUAAGAUACCAAUUCUCAGAAAGUUGCUUAAGGUUUUAGAGUAUCUAGCUGUAAGAGACAUCCUUUCUCCUGAGCACAUUAACGGAGACACAUCUAGAGCUGGAGUUGAGAGCAUUAGGAACUCAAUUUUUGGAUUGACAGAGCACGAAGACAAACAGGUCCAUCAAAUCGCGAGGAACUUUAGAGAUAGGUGGAUAAACAGGCCUCUUUGGAAAAGAAGCUGCAUUGGUAGAGACGAUUGCCGAAUCAACACGCAUUCUGGUUCACAGUACAAUAGGUGUCUAGUAUCACAAAAUCAAGGGUGCGAUUUGGGUUGUAAACCUUCGGAAGGAGCUGAGUAUACCUGCCAUUCAACUGUUGCAUCAGUUCAAGCAGAUGCUGGUGUGCUUGAUGGCUCCGCUGCUUCAUGUUCUGAUAUUGGGGUAGCCUGUAGUCCAAGGAAACGUAAGCGUAAAAGUCGAUGGGAUCAUGAGGCUGAAGCAAAGUCAGAUCCAAGAAAUGAGAGCAAUGUAGGUGAUAACCAAAGGCAGGUCCUAGAUGAGGACGUUCCUCCUGGCUAUGAAUUUCCUCCUGGAUUUUCAGUCCCUGUUAAGGCUUGCAGGGUUUCAUCUGAUGCUUCUUCAACAGCUAUUUAUAGUCCCGAAGAACCUAGAUGCGGAGAACAUCCACAUCCAGUCGUUAUGGGGUACUUGCAGCAUCGGUUCAUUUCACGGCUGCCUGUCUCUUAUGGAAUUCCAUUUUCCGAGGUGCAGCAAUUUGGCUCUCCUCAGAAAGGAAGAUUUGAUGCUUGGACUGUUGCCCCAGGAAUACCUUUCCAGCCUUUUCCUCCUUUACCUCCAUAUCCCCGUGAUAAAAGAGAUUUUGUGCCUGCUGCUGCUAAUCCUGGGGUAAUUAGUGAGCUGCCUCAAAAUGCUGGAGAAGAUUGGGGUACUUGUCAUCCUGGUCACUUGGCUCAAAAUUCUCCAAGUGUAUCUGGAGCAGACCAGCCUCAGGAUGGCAAC